AUGAGUGGCAACCUCGCGACCCCGGGGGGUAUCUCAGAUCCCGCCCUCAUCCAGCUCGUCAACAAGCUUCAAGAUGUCUUUGCGACCGUCGGAGUAAACAACCCCAUCGAUUUACCUCAGAUUGUCGUCGUGGGCAGUCAAUCUAGUGGCAAGAGUUCAGUGUUGGAGAAUAUCGUGGGUCGAGACUUCUUACCACGAGGCUCUGGUAUCGUUACGAGACGUCCCCUAGUAUUGCAGCUUAUCAACCGCCCUGCCCAAACGAAUGGCGUCAAGCCCGAGGAGGUGUCUACAGCAAACGACAAGGCAGCCAACGCCGACGAGUGGGGAGAGUUCUUGCACAUCCCUGGUCAAAAAUACUAUGAUUUUAGCAAGAUCAGAGAGGAGAUUGCUCGCGAGACGGAAGCAAAGGUCGGAAAAAACUCUGGCAUCUCGCCUGCUCCAAUCAACCUGCGAAUCUACUCUCCUAACGUCCUUACCCUGACGCUGGUCGAUUUGCCCGGUCUCACCAAGGUUCCCGUCGGAGACCAACCCCGCGAUAUCGAGCGACAGAUUCGAGAGAUGGUCUUGAAGUAUAUUGGAAAGUCGAAUGCCAUUAUUCUGGCCGUUACCGCAGCCAACAUUGACUUGGCCAAUUCCGAUGGUCUAAAACUUGCCCGCGAAGUUGACCCUGAGGGUCAACGUACCAUUGGUGUCUUGACCAAGGUCGAUUUGAUGGACGAUGGAACCGAUGUUAUCGAUAUUCUGUCGAACCGUGUCAUUCCCUUGCGUCUUGGUUACGUCCCCGUAGUCAAUCGUGGCCAACGCGACAUUGACAAUAAAAAGGCCAUCAACGUUGCUCUUGACGCCGAGAAGGCCUUCUUCGAGAACCACAAAGCUUACCGAAACAAGAGCUCAUACUGCGGAACCCCUUAUCUGGCACGCAAGCUGAACUUGAUUCUCAUGAUGCACAUCAAGCAAACACUGCCCGACAUUAAAGCCAGAAUUUCCAGCUCGCUGCAAAAAUACACCAGCGAGCUGGAGAGUUUGGGACCUUCUAUGCUCGGAAACAGCGCCAACAUUGUUCUCAACAUUAUUACCGAAUUUACAAACGAGUGGCGGACAGUAUUGGACGGUAACAAUACGGAGCUUUCCAGCACCGAGCUGUCUGGCGGUGCUCGUAUCAGCUUCGUUUUCCACGAACUGUAUGCGAAUGGGGUCAAGGCUGUGGAUCCUUUUGAUGUUGUCAAGGACGUUGAUAUUCGAACCAUCCUGUACAACUCGUCUGGCUCCUCCCCAGCACUGUUUGUUGGCACCACUGCCUUCGAGCUCAUUGUGAAGCAGCAGAUCAAGAGGCUGGAAGACCCCAGCUUGAAGUGUGUCUCCCUCGCCUACGACGAACUUGUUCGAAUCUUGUCACAGCUUCUUGGCAAGCAGCUGUACCGCCGCUAUCCCCAGCUCAAGGAGAAGAUGCACGGUGUUGUGAUUGCCUUCUUCAAAAAGGCUAUGGAGCCUACUAACAAGCUGGUGCGCGAUCUUGUUUCUAUGGAGUCAUGCUACAUCAACACCGGCCACCCUGAUUUCUUGAAUGGCCACCGCGCCAUGGCCAUUGUCAACGAGCGAUACAACCCUUCCAAGCCAGUCCAAGUUGACCCAAAGACCGGCAAGCCUCUGCCACAGUCCAGCACACCUGCUCGGGCUGCUAGUCCCACAGUUCCCGAUGUCGAUGGUUCUGCCAACGCUGGUUUCUUUGGCAGUUUCUUUGCUGCCAAGAACAAGAAGAAGGCUGCCGCCAUGGAAGCCCCUCCGCCAACCCUCAAGGCCUCUGGUAACCUUUCUGAGCGCGAGAACAUCGAGGUGGAAGUUAUCAAGCUGCUCAUUUCGUCAUACUACAACAUUGUCAAGCGCACCAUGAUUGACAUGGUCCCCAAGGCAAUUAUGCUGAACCUCGUGCAGUUCACCAAGGACGAAAUGCAACGCGAACUGCUCGAAAACAUGUACCGAACGGAUACGCUCGACGAUUUGCUCAAGGAGAGCGACUUCACGAUACGAAGACGGAAGGAGUGCCAGCAAAUGGUUGAAUCUCUCGGCAAGGCCAGUGAAAUUGUCAGUCAGGUUCAGUGA